CCUUCCCUCGCCCAACACCCUCUCUCUCUCUCUCUAAAAUGACGCACAAUCAAACAGGAGAGAGAACGGAAAGAGUUUCAUGACACCCACUCCACACUUCAUAGCCUCGAAACGCCAGACUUUCGAGUGCUUUUAGCAUCAAAACAGCCCAGAAAUGGUGCCAAAUCUCCUCUUCGCCGCCACCAUUCUCUUCUCUCUCUUCCUUUUCCCCACCGGAAAACCAGACCUCUCCGCCGAUAGAGCAGCGCUUCUUGGCCUCCGCUCCGCCGUGGGCGGCAGAUCCCUUCUCUGGAACCUCUCCGAGCCCACCCCAUGCUCGUGGCCUGGCGUCAUCUGCGACUCCGGCCGUGUCACCGAGCUCCACGUCCCCGGAAUGGGACUCUCCGGCCAAGUCCCACCCAAAACCAUUGGUAAUCUAACCGGUCUCCACACCCUCAGCCUCCGGUUCAAUGCCCUCUCCGGUCCACUCCCCUCCGACUUGCCCUCCAUCUCUGAUCUCCGCUACCUCUAUCUCCAGGGAAACCUGUUUUCCGGUCCAAUUCCGGAUUUUCUCUUCUCUCUCACGAAUCUCAUCCGGCUCAAUCUCGCUUCCAACAACUUCUCCGGCGAGAUCUCACCUUCAUUCAACAAUCUCACCCGUCUCGGCACUCUCUACUUGGAAAACAACAAGCUCACUGGUUCCAUCCCUGACCUCAACAUCCCGAGUCUCAUUCAAUUCAAUGUCUCCAACAAUCAAUUAACCGGUUCGAUUCCUUCUAGACUCAGCAACAACCCUGCCAGCGCAUUUGCUGGCAAUUCGCUCUGUGGUGGUCCGCUCUUGUCUUGCAAUGGCUCUGGCACUGCCACUGGCACUACCACCCCGAGUGAGAGCAAAAACAAACUCUCCGGCGGUGCCAUUGCCGGAAUUAUAAUCGGAUCGGUAAUUGGGUUCUUGUUCAUCGUGGCAAUUUUGAUAUGUUUGUGCAAAAGAAAGAGUAAUAAGAAAGAAUAUUCGAGGGAAGUGGCUGCAGUGAAGCAAACGGAAAUUGAAAUUCCGGGUGAAAAAUCAGCCCGAGAUACGGAUAAUUUUCCGGCGACGGCACCGGCACCCGCGAAGAAGGUGGAGGAGAAUAUGGGUGGAAAAAAGAGUUUAGUGUUUUUUGGAAAAUCGGAGAGGGGAUUUGAUUUGGAGGAUUUGUUGAGGGCUUCGGCAGAGGUGUUGGGGAAAGGGACGUUUGGGACGGCGUAUAAGGCGGGAUUGGAGAAGGGGGUGGUGGUGGCGGUGAAGAGGUUGAGGGAUGUGACGGUGCCGGAGAAUGAAUUUAGGGAGAAGAUUGAAGGGGUUGGAGCUAUGAAUCAUGAGAAUUUGGUUCCUUUGAGGGCUUAUUAUUAUAGCAGGGAUGAGAAGCUUCUUGUCUAUGAUUAUAUGCCAAUGGGAAGUUUGUCUGCACUUUUACAUGGAAACAGAGGAGCUGGUAGGACACCAUUAAACUGGGAAACAAGAUCUGCCAUUGCCCUUGGAGCUGCACGUGGGAUUUCAUACCUCCACUCACAGGGCCCAACAGUCUCCCACGGCAACAUCAAGUCAUCAAAUGUCCUCCUCACUAUUUCCUUCGAGGCCCGUGUCUCCGAUUUUGGCCUUGCCCAACUUGUGGGACCCAGCUCCACUCCCAACCGCAUUGCCGGCUACCGAGCACCAGAGGUGACCGAUCCCCGCAAAGUCUCCCAAAAAGCAGACGUCUACAGUUUCGGCGUAUUGCUGUUGGAGCUGCUAACAGGUAAGGCUCCAACGCAUGCCCUCUUGAAUGAGGAGGGUGUAGACCUGCCUCGAUGGGUCCAGUCUGUGGUUCGUGAGGAAUGGACCGCUGAGGUGUUUGAUCUUGAGCUUCUUAGGUAUCAAAAUGUUGAGGAAGAGAUGGUUCAGCUCUUGCAGCUUGCCAUUGACUGUGUUGCACAGUACCCUGAUAAGCGCCCUUCAAUGGCUGAACUGAAUGCCCAAAUUGAAGAGCUUUGUCGUUCUAGCUUACAGCAACAACAGCAAAACCCAUUUGGCGACAUAAUGAAUGAUGCAGAUGAGCAGAAGGCUUACUCUGUUGAUUUGGGUGCACCACCAUAAUCAGUUGCAGAGUGAAUAAAUUGUUCUUCAUUGUUUCAAUAUCGACCUCAGCUUACUUAAUUUGGUUGCUCUGAUUUGUUUUUCAUUCUUUGGGCUCAUUUUGUCAUUAUGAAUCAACUUUGCAUUUUCUUUUCAUAAUCUGAUUUACCUUAUAGCAUCAAUUUUUCUCCUACCCCUGUACUCUUUCAGUUUUCUAUGUAAUAUGUUGGUAGUGAAUUUUCGUACCAAUUUUUUUUUUUUUUCGGGGGUCA